AUGGCCACUCUACAAACCGCAGUCCGAGGCUCCCCGAGCUCUGUGGCCGUCAUCGUCCCCUCGAAGCCCCAUGCCCUCACAGUAACUUACGGCGACCUUGCCGCUGAGUGCACCUCCUUCCAGCGCAAGCUGGCCGCCAUCGGAAUCGGCCGCGGCUCGCCCGUCUCGAUAGCCGUCGUCAACUCGUAUGAGUUCAUCGUGUCUUUCGAGGCUGCCUCCUGGCAACGCGGCAUCUCCGCGCCCCUGAACCCGGCAUACAAGCAGGACGAGUUCGAGUUCUACAUCGAGGAUAUCAAAUCGGAGCUUGUCUUGGUGCCCAGGGGGGCUUUCGCGGCGAACGCCCCGGCCGUCAGGGCUGCUAAGAAGUUCAAUGCUGCUGUUGCCGAGUGUUACUGGGACGAUGUUAAGAAGGAGGUCGCUCUAGAUGUUAAGGAUUUGGGUCAGUUGAAGGGGAAGAGCAAGCAGGAGCUGUUGAAGGCACAGAGUGAUGAUGUUGCAUUGGUACUACACACCAGGCCGAAUGCUGAUGAAUUGGGGUAUAGCGGAACUACCUCGAGGCCCAAAGUUGUGCCAUUGACUCACCGCAACCUGGUACGGACGAUGGGCAACAUCCAAUCAACUUACAACCUCACAGCAGAGGAUCGGACGAUGCUUGUGAUGCCCUUGUUCCAUGUCCACGGCCUGCUGUGUGCCCUCCUUGCGCCUCUGUACUGCGGCGGCUCCAUGGUGGUGCCCACCAAGUUCUCGGCCUCCGAGUUCUGGAGCGACUUCAAGACGCACAAGGCAAACUGGUACACGGCCGUACCGACGAUUCACCAGAUCCUGCUCAAGUCCCCUGUUCCCACCCCCCUCCCGCAGAUUCGCUUCAUCCGCUCCUGCUCAUCUCCACUUUCACCGGCCGUCUUCGAGAAGCUUGAGGCCACCUUCAAGGCCCCUGUUCUCGAAGCCUAUGCCAUGACGGAAGCCGCCCAUCAGAUGUCUUCCAACCCGCUGCCUCCGGCGAAGCGCAAGCCGGGCACGGUCGGCCUUGGUCAGGGUGUCGAGAUGAAGAUUCUCAACGAGGCCGGCGACGAGCUGCCCCAAGGGUCCGAGGGGGAGAUCUGCAUCCGUGGCGAGAAUGUCACCAAGGGCUACCUGAACAAUCCCAAGGCGAACGCCGAGGCUUAUACCAAGUCUGGCUUCUUCCGCACCGGCGAUCAGGGAAAGAAGGACGAGGAUGGAUACAUCAUCAUCACAGGCCGAAUCAAGGAGCUCAUCAACAAGGGAGGCGAGAAGAUCAGUCCCAUUGAGCUCGACAACGUGUUGACGAGGCACCCCGUGGUGAGCGAGGCGGUCAGCUUUGCUGUUCCGGAUGAGAUGUAUGGACAGGAUGUGGGGGUUGCUGUCGUUCUUAAACCCGGCGAGAAGCUAUCCCAGGAGGAGUUGAGGGCCUGGAUGGCGGAGAGGGUUGCAAAGUUCAAGGUACCCGUGAAGAUUUACUUCACGGAAAUCAUGCCCAAGACGGCGACUGGAAAAAUCCAGAGACGCAUUGUUGCUGAGACGAUGCAGAAGCAGGACAAUCCAAAGGCCAAGCUAUAA